CCGCCCUCGAUCCCGAAGUUCCGAGUCCACCUCGCAGGCGCACGACCAGGCUGAGCCACCAUGGACCUGGGGCUUGCGGGCAGGCGGGCGCUGGUGACCGGCGCGGGCAAAGGCAUCGGGCGCAGCACUGUCCAGGCGCUGCAGGCGGCGGGUGCAAGUGUAGUGGCCGUGAGCCGGACACGGACGGACCUCGACAGCCUGGUCCGCGAGUGUCCUGGUGUGGAGCCGGUUUGCGUGGACCUAGGGGACUGGGAGGCCACGGAGAAGGCUCUGGGGAACGUGGGCCCUGUGGACCUGCUGGUGAACAAUGCUGCGGUAGCACUGUUGCAGCCCUUCCUGGAGGUCACCAAGGAGGCCUGUGACACGUCCUUCCAGGUGAACUUUCGGGCUGUCAUCCAGGUGUCUCAGAUUGUGGCCAAGAGCAUGAUAGCCCGGGGAGUCCCAGGGGCCAUUGUGAAUGUCUCCAGCCAGGCCUCUCAACGUGCACUGACCAACCAUAGUGUCUACUGUUCCACCAAGAGUGCCCUGGACAUGCUGACCAAGAUGAUGGCCCUAGAGCUUGGGCCCCACAAGAUCCGUGUGAAUGCAGUAAACCCCACAGUAGUGAUGACACCCAUGGGCCGGACCAACUGGAGCGAUCCCCACAAGGCCAAGGUUAUGCUGGACCGAAUCCCACUUGGCAAGUUUGCUGAGGUGGAGAAUGUGGUAGACACCAUCCUGUUCCUUCUGAGUGAUCGAAGUGGCAUGACCACAGGUUCUACUGUGCCAGUGGACGGGGGCUUCCUGGCCACCUGAGUCCCCUCCACCUGUACAUCAGUCAGCACUGUGCUUAGAACGGUGUCCCCUAUACCUAUAAAAAACCUGAUUCUCUGUCCA